CACAUUACCAAGGCGGAGCAGACAUGUUUAGAGGACCCGUACACCUGGUCACAGAUUACCUGGCGUACGGGUUCAACUGUGGGACUGACAGGUAAGUGAGCCACCGUGUCACGUAAAAUGGCAGAAGGUGGCCCCAGUCUAGUAUCUCCCCCUGUGGACAGUACACCGCAUGGCUUGUUGGACUCACACCUCCUAGAUUGUCCAAUCUGUUUGGAGCAGCUGCGCAAACCGAAGUGUCUUCCCUGCCUCCAUUCUCUUUGUGAGGAUUGUUUGAGUAGCUACAUCGUAAAGGAGGUGUCGGGGACGAGUGAUACGGCGUCUUCCUUUACUUGUCCGGUAUGUAGGAAGUUAACUCACCCUCACGACAAUUCUGAGGACACAGAAAACUGGGCCAAGCAGUUCCCGAUUGACAGUCAUGCCGUAGAGAUGAUACAAAUUGCGAACCAGACAACUGAGCCAUAUCACUGUAAACCCUGCCAGAAAAAGGGAGACAGGACGCCCGCACAUUUCUGGUGUAAAGCGACAAAAUCUUUAUUCUGCAAGUCCUGUAAAGACGAUUGCCAUGACAUACUUCACACCGAAUGCGAUCCUGUCGACAUCAGUAAAUCAGGCAGGUUUCACCUAAAGCAUCAGGGAACAUCUGACAGAAGAUGUCAUCAGCACCACAAGAGGAAUCAUUACUACUGUGAGGAUCACAAAUCUCUCGGCUGCAGUAAGUGUAUGGUUGCUGAUCACAAGAGCUGUAAACACGUAUCUUCGAUCGAGGAUUUCUGCAAUAAAGUAGAAAGCACCUGUCGUCUGGAUAAAAUCAGAAAUGCUCUUCAACAGGGGGUGGAUGCUUUGAAACCACUGAUACAGGACUUCUAUUUACAGCUUCAAAGUAUUGCAGACGACAAAGAUAUGGCUUUCAAAGGCAUCGACGAUCUUCAGGAACAGAUCAAUAAAUGUAUUGCCGAGAUGAAGAGGGAAACCACAGAUGAGUUAGUCUCUGCGUACAAAAAGGAGCAAGAGCAGCUGAAGAAAUCAAGUCAGAAAUGUGAGCGGCUGAGAGUAGCUAUGCAGAAUACUCUGGAGUCGUCCGCGGCCGCGCAACAACAGAAAGAUCUCCCGAACACGGUCCUGCUGUACCAGAGAGGUCAGGCCGAGGUCGAGUCCUGUAAGAACUUGGUGGAUGAGCUAAUAAGAAAAUUUUCCACCACCAAGAUUGAUUUUGAAAUCCAUUCCAAUGUCUCAAACGUAACAGCAGUUUCGAGCCUUGGUAAAGUUGUUGUUCGGAAGAAGGACAGGAAUGUUCCAGGUGGCUUGGAUGUUUUCUACAAACCAUUGUUCGGACGUAAAAUGAAAGAAAUCAGAAAGACAUACAUUAAAUGUCCAUCGGAUACGAAAGAUUGUUGUAUACUUGGAGUUGUUAAUCUCCCUGAUGGCCAAAUGAUUGUUUCCGAUUUUAGCAACCGGAAACUAAAGUUAAUCAGUAGCGACGGAAAUGUCGUAAACGAAUUGAAAAUGAACGGAAAGCCCCGGGUUCUUUGUUUGGUGGAUAGCAUGACUGUUGCAGCGGCUACAGAAAAUCCCGAGGGUAUAUGUGCGGUGACAGUCGGGCCCUCCAGUCUUACACUGUUCACUGAAAUAAACACAGGGCAGCCAUGCUACGGUAUAGCGUACAGAGAUGGUGAAUUCGUCGUGAGUACAGGAUACGAAGUGUGCAGUAUGAGUAAGGACGGUACGACACACAUGUUACACGGAUAUGGUGAUAUGGUAUUGGGAAUGUCUUAUGAUUCCCAGCAUGGGCAACUGUUCAUCACACAUAACACAGACACUCCAGGCAGAACGGUCGUCAGAAGUUUGUCUGAUGACAACAACAACACUGACGUCUUGGAAGUCGGUGUCGUUAGGCAAGCGUUUGGAGUUGACGUUGAUGAACAAGGUAACGCCUAUGUCUGUGGUUACGGCUCCAACAACGUGGUACAGAUGUCCGGGGACGGGACAAACAUCCGAGAACUGUUAACGGAAGCGGACGGUAUCAACCAACCACGGGCAAUCUCCGUAUGUGGGGAUAAAAUUGUGGUGACUAAUGAUUCAUCAGAACAAAUGAACUUCAUCACAUUGUUCCAAUUAGCUUAACAUUAAGAUGAAAUUCAUAUUUAUUGUGCGAUACGGUAUGAAAACGUCCGGGAGGCUAGAGUGAAACAAUCAAUAUCCGAUUUUACGACUUCUGCUUCUUUUAUGUUUGUUACACUUUUACAAUGACUUUAAAACUGUCAACAAUGGGGUGUCCCGUCUGGUAAGGUAAUAGUACACGUGCGAACUGAAUUGUAUGGAUUUGAUCGCCGGUCAGAGUUCAACGAUGAUAUAACAAUUAUCAAAAACACAGCUGGACGUUAUCUGCAUCAAGUUUGUCUGUUAACCGUAUAUCUACCUGCGUGUCGGUUAAGGUCAUUUUAAAACGAGUUUGGCAGGCGGUUUGUCAAUUACUGUUAGAUAGGUAGAUGACCAUGAAACAUGGAUGAAGCAUGUCAACAUACUUUCAAUCAGGAAAAAUGUAAGUUUAACUACGAAAUCGUGUUUAUCCAAAGACCAUUCCUUUAUAUAUAUAAACCAUGAUACCUAUCGAACAACUGCGCGAUAAUUGUCACAGUUCUUCGCACGCUGUUAUUGCACAUUUUUAAUCGUGCGCACACCGCACAUCAUAUAACGUUGUGCGAUCCAACAACUGUAUAAAUUAUGUAUGCUGGAUGAUCCUCAUUCAAGUUUACCAGUGUGAGAGACUUGAGCUAUCCUAAACUAUUGUAAGUGUCGCGCAGCCUACUACAUUGUAGCUGAACUGAUUUCUGUUGUUUUGUACAUAUAAAAAGUGUAAAGAUUUGAUGGUAGAGGUAGCCGGAGUGCCCGGAGAAAUAAAACCCCUUGCGGCCAGUAUCUGGUGACUGACCAAUGUAGGCCUUGAAACCAAACGUUCUGCGACCCAGUGAUGGCAGGAGGGGGCUAGUGGUUCUAGACUGUCAGGUGUCUUUUAACUCUGUCACCGCGGCCCCUUGAACUGAGUACUUAGCUAACGGGCAACUAAUGUGACGAACAAAGUUUUCCAAUUUCCUGAGUCAUUGUUUGUUCAUUUCUUCGCAUGUGGAAAGCACUAAAAAUCCUUAAGAACUGUAAAAAAGUAAUAGUCUAAAAAAGAAGUUUAGUUGAAUGGAAAUUGUAACACUUUAAACCUGAUGUUGCUAAUAAUCGGUUGAUAUAUAUACAAAAUAGCAAUAAAUACCAAAUAACCUUUUCGAACAUAUACAUACAGUUACUGUUCUUCGAAGUUCAAAAACUGGUAAAUAACGAUGAACAGUAUGAGUAUCUCCCUUCUAUUAUUGAAUUCACAUUCAAUCAAAAUUUUCAAUAAAUGAACAUCACCAACUCCUACAUGUACCCCUCUGCUUGAUUUAAUUUGAAAAACAAACAUUUCUCAGACCAUCAGUACCUUACAUCCUGUCAUGUGUUAUUUUAAAUAUCUCGGACAGUGGCUACCCGAUAUCAAUUGCAAUUUCAAAUAAUCCUCUCUGAUUCUAGCUAACAUCAUGUCAUGUGUUAUUUGAAAUAUCUCAGACAGUGGCCAACCAUAUGUAAAUUGUAAUUUUAAAUAUUCCUCUCUGAUACUAGCUCACAACAUGUCAUGUGUUAAUUGAAGUAUCUCAGUCAGGCAUCAUCUACCACCCUGUGUAGUGCUAUUGAAGUAUCACGGGUUACUCACGGGGGGGCAGAUACUGACUAGGGAACAGAAUCACUACAUUGGGGAUAGAAUGAUAAUGGCUUCGAGCUCCACGUGGUGACCCAGAAUCAUUUGCCAACUAUAAAUCUCCUCUUCUAUCUUACAUCCUAUGUUCUUCAUCAUGUAAUCCAUCUGCACUCUCAAGUAGAUGUAUUCUCUUGUUGAAACUCCAAUAUUCUAUGUGAAUGAAAUCCUUCUUCAAGUUAAAAUUCUGCUAAGCCUAUGGUCGUCUGCCUGAACCAUGCCAUUUUUUUAAAAUAGUAAUCAAGGUAACAGAGAUGCUUUACUGAUCUUUAUCACAAUCCACCUCUGUAGGAUAGGGGAGAGAACUCCCAUAACGCAUAACCUAAAUUCUGUUCCCUAGUCAGUCUCUGCCCCCCGUGAGUAACAUUAUCUUCUUGUUUCCUCACAGUCAGGGUUCCGUAAGCAUCAUUCUUGCGAGACUGCCUCACUCAGUAUUGUUAAUAAGUGGGCAAAGGAAAUUGACAAAGGAAAUGUCAAUGGUGUUAUUUUUAUAGAUUUUAAAAAAGCCUUUGACAUGGUAGAUAAUGAGGUUUUAAUUCAAAAGUUCGCCAUAUAUCAAUGUGACAAAUUAUCUUUGAGCAGGUUUCAAUCUUAUCUCUCUCAUCGGUUUCAAAAAGUGACAGUUUCUUAUCAUAUUUCUAAAAGUAAUCAAAUUACUCAUGGUGUUCCACAGGGUUUCAUAAUAGGUCCCCUGAUGUUUCUUAUUUUUAUCAAUAAUUUAACUCUUGGGCUAAAAUCAGGUACAGAUAUGUAUGCUGAUGACUCGACUCUGAGUGCAUCUGUAAGUUCUAUUUCUAUUGUACAGGAUGAGUUACAAACUGAUCUGAGUAAAGUCCAAGACUGGUGUAAUAAGAAUAAAAUGAUUCUAAAUAGGAAUAAAACGAAAUGUAUGGUUAUUGCUACAAAACAGAAACUUAACAGAAUAGAUCAUGCUCUAAGCCUAACAUUAGAUCAGGAAUGUAUUGAACAAGUAAAGAGUGAAAAACUUCUUGGUGUAAAAAUUGACAACAGUUUAUCUUGGUCAGAUCACAUAGCAUCUGUUGUUUCAAAGAUUAACAGUGGUUUUGGUUUACUUCGACGCAUCCGUCAAUAUUUACCACUUUCAGCUAGACUUAAAAAUGUUCAUGCAUGGUUUUUUCCCCACUUCAUGUACAGUAGCACAGUAUGGAGCGGAUGCUCUUUAAAAUCUUCUACAAAAGCUGUCAAAAGCGUAGAAACAAGCUGCAAGAUAACUGUUGGAUGCUCCAUUUGAUACACCAUCAGUAGAAAUGUUUUCUUCAUUAGGGUGGUUACCAAUUGGCGAACAUUUGAAAUUCAUAAGAGGUGUUAUGGUGUACAAAUGUAUAAAUAAUCUAGUUCCAGGAUAUCUUUUUAAUCAUUUUAAUUUGUCUACAAACAGAUAUAUUAGAUCAGCACCCCAAAACUCUGUCAAGGUACCCAAACACCGUACCACAUUUUAUCCCAAACACCUUUUGGUACAAGGGAGCCAGAUUUGGAAUAAUUUACCGGUUGAAGUACGACUCUAUUCCUCCUUGACAAAAAACAUUAAGAAUGCGGUUUAAUUGUCUUUUAUUUUUACUAUUAUAUUUUUUAGAUACAGCUUUGAUUUGUUUUAUUUUCGCUAUAUUAGCGUGU